GCAUUGGGGGAAGUUAAAAAGGAUAGGAAGUAAAAUAAGACGAAGUAAAAGUGAAGCGGAAAUUUACCGAAAAAUUGCUCCCCUUUGAGAUGCGGUGUUUUAUGGCGCGGGGGAGGGACGAAUGACUCCACGCGUGGGGGAAGCUCACCGGGUGGAAGCGCAGAUUUGUCAGUUAGCUCUUUUUUCCUUUUUUUGGGGACCGUAGCGUUAAGUGAAGUUCGAUCGACGGGGCGAUCACUCUGUGCGUCCCACACGGCUGCCGCUCUCUCCCCACUCACGAACGUUUGCCCCUCACUAAGCAACAAAUGAAUAGACCGCACGGCGAACGGACUGGCGGGAGGAAAGGGGGGUUGUUCCUAACCUGCGCGGAUAUAAACAAACAGGAGAUGAGGAAAAUCAUAAUCAUCAGUGAUAGGAAGACGCAGAGAAGGACGCUCAUGAAAAAAUUGAACAUCCAUUUUAGGAGCAAAGAUGAACUAGCCAGGAGGGGGCAGAGCAAAAAGGCUAAGCUGGCAAUUGAUGACUUCCUACCAGUUGGUUUAAAUGGUGAGGUGGUGGAGGAAACGCCGUCUGAGCAACGUAAUGUUGGCAGUUUGGAAGGAGAGCAUCCCCCGUGUGGUGCGCCAAAAGGGGUCACAUCUCACAGUGAUAGACGCGAGUGUGACUCUUGCGAUGUGUACAGUAUAAACCUGAUGAGAAGGAAAAAAAUGAAAAAAAUUAUAAAGGACCUUUUCUAUAACACCUUGACGUACUGCAUCAGCAAAAAUAUUUCUGUCGUGGAGAUAUCAACCUUCCUGUCAAUUUUUAAGCACAUUUUUUUUAAAUUAGUAAAUGGGGGAGGCCACGUCGUGGACCUUUUUGCAGAAUUCAAAAAGGUCAUGCUGCAACAUUCUGUUAACAGGUCGCCAAGUUGCGUUAAAAUAUUUUCCUACUCCUCUCUGAGGCUAUUAAUGAAGUACGCCUUAAAUACUUUUUUCAGAAAUUUUUUUUUUUAUAAAUUUAUUUUUGUCCCAAUUUAUGAUACGCAUUUUGCGGGGGGGGUUGACCACUUGGAGGGGGUCGAUGACUUCGGACGGCUCGAAACGGAUGAUGAGGUCGGCUUCGACGAAGAGGCUGCCGUCUGCAGUUUGGACACGCCCUCCGGCGGGGACUACGUCAGGAGGUUGCUAACCCGUACGUGA